AUGGCCGCUCGUCCAAAAAACAUGUCAAUGAUCACAGUCAAUGGUGAAAAAUAUUGGCCGACACCCCACGAACUUGAUCCCGGUGUCCCUGAGGAUAUGGUAUGGCAUCAAUACCCCUACAAUAGUUUGUGGCUAUCAGAUCCGAACUGGUACGACUCGCUAGGCCAGGAUGCAAUUGCGCAAAGAAGGAUAUGGGCCAUCCCCAGCGAGCCCGACCAAGUAAAGGCGUUCGAGCAGCUAUUAGUCGAUAUGCCCGACCGUGCUCUAGAUAUGAUGUUUGCUGCGGCAGUCAAAGGAAGACCUCAUGUCAUCAGAUUCUUGCUUGAACAGGGUGUGAAAGCUACGCCGAACAAAACCGAAGGCGAUGAUGAGACUUUAGUUCCAUUCCAUGCAGCGGCGGGUAACGGACACCUAGAUUGUGUCAAGAUUUUCAUCGAGGAAGUAGGGCUGUCGGCGAACACCUUCGACGACCUUGGUGGAACGGCUAUCAUGCGUGCCUCUUGGAAGGCUCAGAGCCCCGAGGUGGUGCGGUAUCUCCUUGAGAAAGGCGCCGAUAUCACGGUCAGACAGAAACCCCAUCCCGGCGGUGAACCAGGGACGAGCGUUUUCGAAUUUGCUGCCGGAGGGGGCAAUGUUGAAUGUGCGAAGGCAAUCCUGGCGAAGGCCCAGGAGUUGGGGCUCAAUACCUCCACUCUGGCGACGCCUGUAGCUCUUGAGGCUGCGGCUGGUACGCCGAAUGAUGAGGCGCUCGGGAUGCUUGAUUUGGUGUUGCAAGUGGGGGGAUACCCGCGCCAGAACUCCGACGGGGAUUGGGAAGGUGAUAUCGCGUCUCUGACAGAUUCAAAAAAGGACGCCCUCGAGACCGCUUUUGCACGGGCCUCACGCCAGGGCCAAUGGUCGACCCUCAAGCCGCUCUUCGCUUAUAUUGACAGCCGAGAAGAGGAUGGGAGCUACCACUGGAAAGCCUUGAGGCCGGAGACUAUAGAAUCUCUGCUUGGUGGGAUUCUGAGUGCGGUGGAACGCGACGACGAAGACCACCAAGCCGCGUUCACCUAUCUACACGACAUAGCUCUAAGUCCGGAAUCUCGCCUCACUACGGCCAGUCUCCAAGAGAUAAGGAAUAGCCUUUUGGGCGAUGUGUUCUUUCACGCCUGCGAACACGGGUCACAUAAUAUGGCGCGGUUCCUAUCAUCUCAACAUGAGAUAGAUGUCAAUCACCUGUCACGCAACGUGGAGCCUCUUUUCUCUUCGAGCCUAUAUACAGCAGCUGGCUCGGGCCAUGACAAGGUGGUAGAGUCUUUGUUCUCAGAACAAGGUGGGAGUUUAAACAUUCACAAGGGUACCGGCAAGUUUAUCAACGGGCCAACCCCGUUGUGGAUAACUGUCUGGAACGGGCACGUCAGCACGGUUGAGCUCCUACUUUGUCAUGGGGGCCCGGUCGAAUUCAUUGACGAGGCGUUGACGAGGGGUGCGAAUUCGGGAAGGGUGAUUGCUACAGCGAAGAAGGCCUUCAGGAGUCCCGUCAAUCUGAUAUCUGAAGAUGUAUGGACAAGGGAACACGGCGCGUUGGGGGAAACCGAGAUCACCGGGCUGGUUUGGGACGACGAAGGCAACCAAAUACAUUAUGUUGUCCUGAAUGCUGAUAUCGCCGUCCUGCAACAAUGGGACAGGAUACAAUUGCGCAAGUCAGACGAUGAGCUCAAAUCGAUGGAAAAGGACGGCAGAGAGCUGAAGGAGCGUCCUAUCGCAAGUGCGCAAUGA